GUGACCAUCAGGCCCCCUACUCCAACUAUCUUGCCUGCUCUGCCCCAAUGGAGUAUAAACCUACAAACUGAAACCAUCUGAGGAAGAAGCAGGACCCUACAGUGCUGAAGGGAAAAAGGACCUCAGAUAAGCAUUGUCCAGAGCCAAAAAUGGCCACCCAGGGGGCGGUCUCAGAGGAGAGGAUUUCUGAGGUCGAUUAUGAUCUUCUUCCCAAGCUCUCUGUUCUUCUUGGUGUUGAUGCAUUUCAGCUGGCAAAGAAAAAUGACGAAGAAGACCAUAAAGACCGAAUGAGAAUGCAGAAAGGCUUUAACGCACAGAUGCGCAGCGAAGCAAAGCGAUUAAAGACUUUUGUCACCUAUGACACGUUCGGAUCAUGGACGCCGCAGGAGAUGGCGGCUGCUGGGUUUUACUUCACCGGGGUGAAAUCUGGGGUUCAGUGUUUCUGCUGUAGCUUAAUCCUCUUUUGUACCAGACUCAGGAACCUUCCCAUAGAAAGCCACAAGAAAUUUCGUCCAGAGUGCGAGUUCCUUUUGGGCAAAGACGUCGGUAACAUUGGCAAGUAUGACGUGAGGGUCAGGAGUCCAGAGAAGAUGCUGAGAGGAGGCAAAGCCAGGUUCCUGGAAGAGGAGGCCAGACUGGAGUCCUUCCAGAACUGGCCAUUUUAUGCCCACGGGACAUCCCCACGUGCACUGUCAGUGGCUGGCUUUGUCUUUACAGGUAAAAGGGACACUGUGCAGUGUUUCUCCUGUGGUGGAUGCUUAGGGAAUUGGGAAGAAGGAGAUGAUCCUUGGAAGGAGCAUGCCAAGUGGUUCCCCAAAUGUGAAUUUCUUCAAAGUAAGAAGUCCUCAGAGGAAAUUGCCCAGUAUAUUCAAAGCUAUGAGGGAUUUGUUCAUGUAAUGGGAGAACAUUUUGUGAAUUCGUGGGUCAAAAGAGAAUUACCAAUGGUAUCAGCUUACAGCAAUGACAGCGUCUUUGCUAAUGAAGAACUAAGACUGGAUACAUUCAAGAACUGGCCCCACGAUUCACCUGUGUCUGUGGCAGCUUUGGUCAGAGCAGGCCUUUUCUACACAGGCAAAAAGGACAUUGUCCAGUGUUUUUCCUGUGGCGGAUGUAUGGAGAAGUGGGAGGAAGGUGACAACCCCUUAGAAGAUCACACCAAGUUUUUUCCCAACUGUGUAUUUCUGCAAAACAUGAAGUCCUCUGCAGAAGAGAUUCCAGACUUUGAGAGCCACAGGGAACUUCCUGAAGCCACGGAAAUCAGAAGUGAAAGCAAUCAUGAGGAUUCAGUAGCAGUGCAUUCUUCCACGGCAGAGGCGGCUCAGAGUGAAGCCCCUUGGUUUCAAGAGGCGAAGAAUCUGAGCGAGCGACUGCGAGCAGCCUACAUCUCAGCCAGUUUCCGACACUUGUCUUUACCUGGCAUCUGCUCCAGCGUAGGCACUGACCGCUUGCUGGGCUGUGACCUGUCCAUUGUUUCAAAGCACAUCAGCAGGCCUGUGCAAGAGGCCCUGGUGCUACCCGAGAUCCUUGCCAACUUGAACUCUGUCAUGUGUGUGGAGGGGGAAGCUGGCAGUGGAAAGACAGCCUUCCUGAAGAAAAUUGCUUUUCUCUGGGCAUCAGGAUGCUGCCCCCUGUUGAACAGGUUCCAGCUGGUCUUCUACCUCUCCCUUACUUCUACCAGACCAGACCAGAGCCUGGCCAACAUCAUCUGUGACCAACUCCUCAAGGCAGAAGGCUCUGUUUCUGAAGUGUGCCUGAGCAGCAGCAUCCAGCAGUUAAAGCAUCAGGUGUUAUUCCUUUUGGACGACUUUCAUGAAAUGAGCUCAGUCCCCCAAGUCAUAGAAAAACUGAUUGAAAGGAACUACUUGUCACGAAACUGCUUGUUGAUUGCUGUCCAUACAAACAGGGUCAGGGAUAUCCGCCCAUACCUAGAUACCAUCCUAGAGAUCAAAGAGUUUCCCUUCUAUAACACUGUCUAUAUCUUACGGAGUUUCUUCUCACAUAAUAUAAUACAUUUGCAAAAUUUCUUGGCUUACUUUGUAAAUAAUAAAGAUUUAAUGGGAAUCCACAGAACUCCCCUCUUUGUGGCAGCAGUCUGUGCUCACUGGCUUCAAAAUCCUUCUGACCCAUCCCUUGAUGAUGUGACUGUUUUCAAGGCCUACAUGGAAUGCCUUUUGUUAAAGCACAAAACUAGAUCUGAGCUUCUCAAAGCCACUGUGUCCUCCUGCGGUCAACUGGCCUUGAGGGGGGUUCUUUCAUCUUGCUUUGAGUUUAGUAGCGAUGACCUCACAGAAGCAGGAGUUGAUGAUGAUGAGGAUCUGACCACCUGCUUGAUGAGCAAAUUCACUGCCCAGAGACUGAGACCAGUCUACCGGUUUUUAAGUCCUGAGUUCCAAGAAUUUCUUGGUGGGAUGAGGCUGGUUGAACUCCUAGGUUCAGAAAGGCAGGAAGACCAAGAUCUGGGAUUUUAUUAUUUGAAACAAAUGAACUCAUCUGUGAGGGUUAUUAGCUGCUAUAGUAAUUUUUUGAAGUAUGUCUCCAGCAACUCUUCGGCAAAGGCGGGACCAAAAAUUGUAUCUCAUUUGCUUCAUUUGGUGAAUGAUAAAGAGCCGUUCGCAAAUAUAUCUGAAAAUGAGGAUUACAUGAAGUGCCAUCAAUUAACUUACCUAAGAAUACACGUUAUUAGAUUAUUUUGGCAGUUUUUUCCAGAAGCUUUUUUUUCAUUCAUUUCAGAAAGCUUAUUGACCAUCGCUCUCAAGGUUGCUUAUCAAAGCAACACGGUUGCUACAUGUUGUCCAUUUAUUUUUUGGUUCCUUCGAGGGAGAACAUUGCCUUUGAGAGUACUGAAUUUGCAUUACUUUAGGGACCUCCCAGAAAGUCUGUUAUUGUUGAGGAGGAUCAAGUUCUCCAUACAUGGAAAUAAAACUGAACCCAGAAUAUGUUUUUCCGACGUGGAAAAGGAUUUUGAAACCUUCCAGUGGCCAACUAUAGAUCAGGAUUAUGCAUCUGCUUUUGAACGUAUGAGUGAAUGGGAGAAAAAUAUUGCUAAAGGUGAAGAGAAACUAAAGAGCCUUAUGCAGAGCCAAUGCCAGUUUCGAGAAAACAUUAGUGGGGGCUAUUGGCAACUGUCACCCAAGCAGUACAAGAUUCCCCGGCUGGAAGUGCGAGUGACCAAUAUGGGUCCAGCAGACCGGGAGAUGCUCCGGGUCCUAAUGGAAGUUUUCUCAGCUUCACAGCACAUCGAACUCCAUUUAUACCACAGCACUGGCUUCAUUGAAAGCAUCCGCCCAGCUCUGGAGCUGAAUAAGGCCUCUGUCACCAAGUGCUCCCUGUGCCGACUUGAGCUCAGUGCAGCAGAACAGGAGCUGCUCCUCACCCUGCCUGCCCUGCGGUCUCUCAAGGUCUCAGCAGUAAACCAGCUACAAGAUCUCAUCCUUCCUAACUUGGACAAGUUUCCAUGCCUGAAAAAACUGUCUGUGACACUAUAUGGCAAAGCAGACGUGCUGUCAGUCAUUCCCGAAGAUUUCCCAAACCACAAUAUGGAGAAAUUAUCCAUCCAAACUUCUACCGAGUCUGAUCCCUCCAAACUAGUUAAGUUGAUUCAGAAUUCUCCAGAGCUUCAGGUUUUCCAUCUGACAUGUGACUUAUUUUCAGAUUUUGAGUCUCUCAUGACUGUACUUGCUUCCUGCAAGAAACUCAAAAAGAUUGAAUUUUCGGGACAAUUUUUUGUUGCUGUGCCAUUUGUCACAAUGUUGCCAAAUUAUACUUCUCUGAAGAUAUUAAAUAUUGAAUGGCAAAACUUUCCCAAUAAGGAAACAUCAGAAAAAUUUGCACACACUCUAGGUUCUCUCAGGAACCUGGAAGAGCUGCGCCUUCCCGGUGGGGACGGGAUUCAUCACGUGGCCAAGCUGAUUGUCAGGCAGUGUCCUCAGCUGCAGAGUCUCCGAGUUCUCUCCUUUCACUACGGUUUGGAUGAUGACAGUGUGAUGGAAAUCGCCACAGUUGCAACCAGUGGAGGCUUCCAGAAACUUGAGAACUUAGAUCUUUCAAUGAAUCACAAGAUUACAGAAGAAGGAUAUAGAAAUUUCUUUCAAGCUCUGGGCAACCUGCCAAAUUUGAAAGAGCUGAGCAUUUCUAAGCAUCUCUCAGAAUGUAUCAAAGUUCAGGCCACCACCGUCAAGGCCCUGAGUCAGUGUGUGUUGCGACUGCCCAGCCUCACCAGAAUCACCAUGCUAAGUUGGCUCCUGGAUGAGGAAGACACAAAACUGCUUAAUGCUGUGAAAGAAAGACAUCCUCAAUCUAAACGCUUGAUUAUUACCUGGCAGUGGAUACUGCCGUUCUCUCCAGCCAUUCAUUAAUGAUGAGUUGGAAGGCUACUGAAUCAAGAAAGCUUUGUCCACAGUUCUGAAUCUGAUUUUCAAAAACAUUAUACCUUGCUGACACAUGCCUACAAUACCAGCACUUAAAUAGAAAGAUGCAAGAGAAUCAAGAUGUUGAUACUAGCCUGGGUUAUAAAGGAAGACCCUGACUAAAAAACAAAGCCAUAACUAACUAGUCUAUAAAGAGAAUAUUUAUAAACUCUGUGAGCCUCAUAAUUUUAAAAUUUUUAAAAUUUAUUUUUAUUCUAUGGUUAUGAGUG